GGAAGCCCCGUGAGCCUGACUGCUGAGGGGAGAUCGAAGCCUGAGACCCGGGGGAGAUCGGAGCCUGAGACCGGGAGGACAGCCGUGGCUUGCGACCGUGGCGGGGGGAGAGCCACAGACCGGGGGGAGAGCGGAGCCUGAGACCCGGGGGACAGCCAGAGUCUGAGACCCGGGGGACAGCCAGAGUCUGAGACACACCGCUGGGAGGAGGAACACAGAUUGAGAGUGAACCAAAGCACGGAUUGGAAAUUGAAUUCGUGGACUGAUCGCAGCUAAAAGAAACCUUGAUGUGUUUUGAUAUCAUCCAUUUCCUCACAACCUUCUGACACUCAGACUCCCAGAGGAAGGCCGAAGAGGCUGAAACGCGUUGGAGGAACAUAAGGAUACACACACACGAUCGGACAAGGAUCGCAGGAACAACUCGAAAGCUGCGGCGCCGGGUGUGCAGUUACGUGACCAGGAUCGGAGAGGGAGAAGGACGGAUGGGCAGCGGAAUGGAGGCUGUAAUGGAGAGGCGUGUCUGGUAACGGGCUCUCUGGAGCCCGCAUCAGGGCAUUCCCUCCCCAGACAAACCAUCAGCGCAGUGGGCUGAAGGCUGAAUCAGUCCGGAGCCCCUGUAGAAUCCCGACGUCUGCCCGCAUCCGGACCUCUCAGACACACGGCCGCAACGGCAGUGAAUGUCCAGACAUGGCCACUCAGGGGAGGCAACAGGCCACAGCAUUUCGGGGUUCAGCACAAAGAUCCCAGCCGAGAAACACGCACACAACUGCGGAAUCUGACAAGGACUCUGGAUAUUCAGAUGUGGCAUCGGAAUGCCUGAGCUCUGUGGAGCAGACGGAUACAGAGGAGUGCCCCCUGACAUCCCGCUGGAUCACAGGAGACAACGCUCCAGGGUGUCCCCAGCCUUGCUCUGCCCCGGUUCUUGUCCUGAAGAAUUUGCUUGUUGAUCAGAAGUUCGACCCAGACCCACAUAUCCGCUCCUGGAAUGUCCCAUCCUUUCAGCUGUUCCCGUCAUCUUCACAAGUCCUGGUUUUCCCUCAGUCAGUACCUUCUGCUAAGCCUUCUCUUACCUGCAGAAAGUCCACCAAGUACCUGCCCAUCCUGAACUCUUAUACCAAGAUAGCACCGCAUCCAUCUACACUACCCACCGCCUCAACCUUUCCAUAUGGAAACAAGAGAAGGGCUGAUAAGUCACGCCACAACCAGGCAAAGAGGCUUCUUUCCGAAACACAAAGCUCCGAUAACAAGAAAAAAAUGCCAUUAGCUGGUCAUGAAAUGAAAGAACAGGAGGGACAGGUGCUUGGCGUGGUGGCAGCUUGUGCCGAGCCACAGCUGGACCCCCUGCAAAAUUACACCGGACCAAGUGAGCAUUUAAGCACGGAUGUAGGGGAUCCAAAAAUGUCUUUUCUGGAUGAUAUCCCGCACAGCUCUGACCUGUCUGUGCCACCGCCGGAGAACAGAAGCCGACGUUUUCAGAACACCUUGGAGGUUCUGCACCGCUCAGGCCUGUUCAGCAUUGCCAUGAAGACUAAAGAACUGGCAAGGCUCAACCAAGCCACACAGAUCCAGCUAGAGAGACUUCAGGAGCAGGUGGCACUAUACAACAAAGCCAUGAGUGGCAAUAACCCUGAGGACUGGCAGUCGUUACAGGAGUCCUUGGCGGGAUGUAAUGUGCCCCUCAAAACGAUUGAUGUGUGAUGCUGGUUCAGAUUCCAUUACUGGGUUCUAUCUGCGAAUCGAUGAUGUAGUAGCAUAGUUGGACAUUCCAUAACCUAUCCCCACUCCUGUUAUUGCAGACUUUCUGCCAGUACUGAAGGGUAGGGAUUCCUGAGACUGAGUAAUGUCUGAGAUAGGAGAGAUCUGUUGUAAUGGUUCCCUGCAAGCCGGUACUUGACAUGGACUGAUGGGAGUUGGGAGGUAGAGAGAUGGUCGGAUACAUUCCGAGGAAACCACACGUUGUAUGCAUGAGCUGAGGGAUGUUACAGAGACAACCUGCAGCAGAAUGGUGGAUUACUUUAGUAUGAAAAAGAAAAACUGCUGUAAAAAUAUAACUACAAAUGGGAAAUAUUAUACUCCCACAUAUCCCAUCAGGCAGCUCUUUACAUCCAGCCAUGUGGGUAUUAAAAGGGCCGUACAGGCCACACCUAAUGAGA